CAAAGUUUUCAGUGUCGCCAGCUAGCCUGUAAAAUUCUAAGCCAUGGAGACCAACCAGGAAACGUCCCUCUUCUUGGUGAAGAUCUUGGAGGAAUUAGACAGCAAGCAAAAUACCGUCUCCUACCAGGACCUCUGCAAAUCCCUGUGCGCCCGCUUUGAUCUGUCCCAGCUCGCCAAACUGAGAAGCGUGCUCUUCUAUACGGCCUGUCUUGACCCCAACUUCCCAGCCACGUUAUUCAAAGACAAGAUGAAAUGCGCUGUAAACAACCAGCAGUCCAAGAAAAUCAUGGUGGCCGCGGACAUCGUGACCAUAUUCAACCUGAUCCAGAUGAAUGGGGGCGCCGCCAAGGAGAAGCUGCCUGGAGGCCGGCAGAAGAUGCGCAAGAAAGAUGCCUCUUUUGACUCGUGCCGCUCCGACACAGAGAUCUGCAGUGCGGCCGAGUGCGAGCCCCUCAACUGUGAGCUGAGUGACCGGCCUUUCAGCCGGGGCUACCCCACCCGCCAGUCAUCCAAGUGCAGAAAGGUGGACUGCAAGGACUGUCCGCAGUUCAUUCCUGCCUCUGAACCCGACUUCCUGCUGGGGGUCAGCAAAGAUGUGAAAAACCGGGCAGCUUCCCUGGACAGGCUGCAGGCUCUGGCCCCAUACUCCGUGCCCAGCCCUCAGCCCUGCGAGAUGCAGAGAACCUACUUCCCCAUGAACCUCGAAAGUGAGUCCAUGUCUGAUCAGGACUCCCUGCCUCUCCCCCAGGGCAUCAAGCAGACCUUCAUCUCCAACGACGAGCCCUUCAUGGUCCAGUCCUGUGUCCAGAAAAGGAACAUCUUCAAAGAGGACUUUCACAAUCUGAUGGCUGUGUCCCCUGGGUUGGCCAGCCCGGCCAACAAGGCUGAGGGUGAGCACAGGAAAUCCCAGGGCCGCAAGGAGUCCCACAAGACGCCCUUCCCCCAUCACAGCUUUGAGAUGCCCUACAGCAGCCAGUACCUGAACCCCGAGUACUCCCCGGUUCCUGACAAGAGGCGGGCAAAGCACGAGAGCUUAGAUGACCUUCAAGCCUCCACGUAUUUUGGACCCACUCCAGUGAUGGGGCCCCAGGAGGCCCGGCGCUGUCCUGGCAAAACAGGCAAGCAGACCCCCUGGCCGGCCAAAAGCUGGAGCCUCAACACCGAAGAAGUUCCUGACUUUGAACGGUCCUUUUUCAACAGAAACCCCUCCGAGGAGAAGCUCCGUUAUCCAAAUUCCAACAGUCAGACACCCAACUUCCCAACCCCGGACAGAUGCCCCGCUUACCUGACACCACAGGAUCAACAGCCCAUCCUCCCAGUCGGCUACUCAGCAAAGCCCAAUGGGCUCAAAUCUAAAGAGAUCCCAUCCCCUGUGGACCUGGAGAAGCAUGAACCAGUCAAAAAGUUUAAAGACAAGAGCAUCAGCUGCACCAGUGGGCAGCUGAGCUCAGACACCAGCAGCGUGGGCACCCAGACUGACCUGCACGUUCUGGAGCCCAAAAAAGGCAAGGACCUGUGCACUCCUGGGCAGGGCAAGUACAGUGACCGGCAUGCAGUGAAGCAUUCCGAUGAUGACUCGGAGGUGGUCAGUGACGACAUCAGCGACAUCUUCCGGUUUCUUGACGACAUGAGCAUCAGUGGCUCAACGGGGGUCAUGCAGUCAUCCUGCUACAACAGCACAGGGUCCCUAUCUCAGCUUCACAAGUCAGACUGUGACAGUUCGCCAGAGCACCACCUCACCAGAAUCGCCAAUGGGCUCCCCAGCAGCCAAGGGGAGAAGGGCAGCCGGCCAGAAAACAGCCACCACUCAGAAGAGGAGCUGAAGACCAGCGUGUGCAAGCUGGUGCUCAGGAUCGGGGAGAUUGAACGGAAGCUCGAGUCACUGUCGGGUGUGCGUGAGGAGAUCUCCCAGGUCCUGGGCAAGCUCAAUAAACUAGACCAGAAGAUGCAGCAGCCCGAGAAGGUGAGCGUGCAGAUCGACCUCAAUUCUCUGACCAGUGAGGCUCCAUCUGAUGAGAGCACCUCGCCCCGGAUGUUCCGUGCCCACAAGGGUGCCCAUGGGCCCAAGCUGGAGAACACGGCUGACUGGUGCUGUUCAGAUGCCAGUGGGAGCAACAGCGAAAGCCUUCGUGUCCAGGCCUUAAAAAAAAGCCUCUUCACCAGGCCGUCUUCCAGGUCCCUGACAGAGGAGAACAGUGCCACAGAAUCCAAGAUUGCCAGCAUCUCCAACUCACCCAGGGACUGGCGCACCAUCACUUACUCCAACCGCAUGGGCAUCAGUGAGGAGGAGAUCAAAGAGCGAGGUCCUGGAGACAGUAAAGACUGGCAUCGGAAGUCUAAAGAGGCAGACAGGCAGUACGACAUCCCCCCGCAGCACCGCCUGCCCAAGCAGCCCAAGGACGGCUUCCUGGUGGAGCAGGUGUUCAGCCCUCACCCCUACCCCGCCUCUCUCAAGGCCCACAUGAAGAGCAACCCUCUGUACACGGACAUGCGGCUCACAGAGCUGGCAGAGGUGAAGCGGGGCCAGCCUUCCUGGACCAUCGAGGAGUAUGCACGCAAUUCGGGUGACAAGGGCAAGCUGACAGCCCUGGACCUGCAGACUCAAGAAUCUUUAAAUCCAAACAACUUAGAGUACUGGAUGGAAGACAUUUAUACUCCGGGCUACGACUCAUUGCUAAAACGGAAAGAAGCCGAAUUCAGACGAGCCAAGGUCUGCAAGAUAGCGGCUCUGAUUGCUGCGGCUGCAUGCACAGUCAUUCUGGUGAUCGUCGUGCCCAUCUGCACGAUGAAAUCAUGAGCUGCUGGAGGUGAUGUUGCCAAUGGCUUGUGACCUCUGACAUCUUUCCCUGUAGUCUAAAAUCACGUGGCAGGUCAGGCACCACUUGUGGAAACAGGAAUCAUGGAGGCUUUUCUGCAAAUGCUGAUGAUGGUCUUCAGAAAAUAUUCAUUCUAGAAAGAUGUCUAUCUACCUAUUAGCUUUGACUUAAUGACACAGAUGAAUUUUAAGAAGUGCAAUAUCUUUUCCUACCGAAAGAAUGUAAUGGACGACCAGUAGAUACAAACUGAAUUCCAGGCAAAAAAAAAAAAAAAAAAAGAAGAGGAAGAUUAAUUGGUUGGAUUCUUUCCAUUUCAUGGUGGAGAAUAUACUAUAGAGGAGAUGGUUAAUACAUACUUCUUUAAAGGAAAGCUAUGAGAGAGCAAGAUGAGAAAGAAAAGCCUGGGUUCUCUCUUCUUUAAUGUUCCUAGACCAUUGCAGGUGAAGUAACAGGGUAUGUUUCCAUAGGGGGUUACUGUUUACUUCUCUGCUGACUGUAAUCAAGGGCUACUGACUUUUCAUACUUGCCCUUCUGUCAUCAUGAUGCUCUUUGUUGCAGAUCUUCAUGGAAACAUUCCGGACCUUCUUCCUGGUGCCCAGGGUAGGAAGGUACUGGACUGCCAAGUCAGCCAUGGCAUGAAGUGACCUCUCUGCUUAAUAGGCCAAGGUCUUCAGGCUAGGAGACCUUCCAGUGGCCACCCCAAGCCAUGGGAGGGCUGCUCACUAGUGAUGUAUGCUCAACAUCUGAAAGUCAAGGUAUCCCAAAGGACCUCCCAUCCUUGCCCUGAAAGUCAAGGUAUCCCAAAGGACCUCCCAUCCUUGCCCUGAAAGUCAAGGUAUCCCAAAGGACCUCCCAUCCUUGCCUUGGGGUGUGGGUCAUCUCCUCCAUCUUCUAUCUCCUGGUAGUACGGAUACUCCACCUUUUACCAUGAGUUGAUUUUGGAACUUGUCCUUGUGCCUUGAAGAGUAGAGACAAUGGCAGAACUUUGACCUUCCAACUAUAAACCGUGGUUGCUGUGCACCAAUAAUACCAGCCAUUUCCAAUGGCUUUAAAAAGAUUUUGAAAGCUUGUUGAUAAUAUGAUAAAGGCUCUGAGGUGUUCUCAACUACUCCAGCAUCUACUCCAUAGUUUCAAAUAUUUGUCAGCAGUGCAAAAAAAUAAUGAUCUAUUUAACCGUUUAUCUAUCUAUCUAUAUGUCUAUCUAAAUACCUGAUUUUGGUUUAUUGUCUUCUCUGUUAAUUAACUUGAGAGCAAGAUUUCUCCCGUGUAAGGAAGCCGUUGUCAUUCAUGAGAAUUUGAUCUCAGUUUCCACCUGUUGAAUGGUGCUUUGACAUAAAUGGACAGAAAGAAUCCUUUUCAGCGUCAGAUCCUAAUGUCUUGUUAUAGGUUAAAGAAAAACAAUGGACAAAAACUAGCUACCUUAAUUCUUCCGAAAACAAAGUGGAAUAUAAAUAAAUGUUGGUAGUAAGAAUCCUGUCACUCCAGUGAAAGAAAAGUGAAAUUGUUUGUCACUCAGCUACAUCCAACUCUGGGAUCCCAUAGACUCUAGCCUGCCAGGCUCCUCUGUCCAUGGAAUUCUCCAGGCAAGAAUACUGGAGUGGGUGGCCAUUCCUUCUCCAGGGGAUCUUCCUGACCCAGGGACUGAACCCAGGUCUCCCGCAUUGCAGGCAGAUUCUUUACUGUCUGAGCCUCCAGGGAAGCCCGAUGAUAGAAUAAAUUCCUAAAAGGGAGUUUUGGGAAGCAUCUCAGAUUUUAAAGCAAUAGAAAUUCAGCAUCCAUCCUAAAAUCUUCCAAAUACUGCUUAGCUUGCUGUGUCUAAUUCCCUUGUUCCCCCAGAGGGGAGUCAGAACAUUUUGUGUUGUUAAUAAGUAUAGGAUGGAUGCUCUCAUCUGUAGUAAACCUUCGUUUUUAGAGGUCUUCAUGUUCUCUAUUUAUAGUCUCAUGUUUAUGUAUAGAUUUUCAGCUAGGUGACUGAAAUUUAAGCCUUAGUAUGGAAACCUGAGGAUUUAUAAUUGAAAAUGAAAAAUAUAUUAAUAUAUAUUACUGUCUAUUGUCAGAAUUUAGUCUUUUGGUGCUCUGUUUUGGGUUGGGCACAUUAAAUAAGGUUGUUUCUUUCAGCCCAAAGGGGAUUCUAGAUUAAUACCCUCUGGAGUUGUGGGUUCCCAAGUCUCCUCCCAAUCUAUACCACUCUAGAAAACACCCUAGCCCUGACGCUCUCCCCUUUAUCACAGGUUAAGCCAUGAGAACAGCAGAGGUAGGUAGGUUGCCAACCUCUUGCCCUGUGAUUUGCAGAGAAGUGGAGAUGCAGUCACCCAGGCUAAGAAAAAUUUGUCAAAUCCCAUUCGGACUCCUCCAUUUGCCAGGUAGGAUCAUGCUGGAUUGACCAAACCACUAUGGCCACUGCCCUUGGGUGAGUUUCUUCUUAAAGGGCCCUCUUUGGGCCACGUGCCUAGCUCCCUGGGGAGGGCAUGAGUAUAAGCACCCUCCCAACGCAUAGAAGUGAAGAAUUUUCUCCUACACUUUUCAUAUCUGGGGAGGUAGUCAAAGAAAUUUAGUCUUGCUCUAAGUCCAGCAUAGCUUUAAAAUUCAGCUCCACUCAUUGCUGCAUCAUGGAAACAUCCAGACCUGGUCACCCCCCUGGGAGACCACACAACGAUGACCCCCAGGCAAGGGGGUUUCCUCUAGAAAGCGAUCAUCCUUAGCUUGGUAGCUCUGAGUCUGGUGUCAAGUUAUGCACUUUUGCCAUGGCGUGAAGCCUGAUGGAUGCUUGGAGUCUUGGAGUCUAGAGAAUGUGAAGUUCAUAGUUGGCUUCUUUCUCUCCAUUGAUCCCAAGCUUGUUACACUUUCUUUCUCUGGACCUCUAGACUCACUCUAGCUCCUCCAUCCCUCUGUUUGCAGAAAGGGUCAAGACCAGAGUCUGGAUGGGAAUGAAGCAUCUACCCAUUCCUCUAAAAUUUGCCUCUCAUCUCCUGCUGCUAUGAGCUCCCUGUGGGCGACCUAGGGUCAGGCCUGACUUCUGUAGUAGGCAACAGCCUCUACCACCAUAUCUGGCAUAUUCUGAUGAAGUACCAUUUCUUGUGCCUAAACUGAAGAUCAUUAUAUUAUCAAAAUUCACUUCGGUUCUCUUGCAUUUUAAAAAAAUGAACCGUCGGACAUUAUCAAGGGAUUAUUUUAAAAUUAGAUCUCUUUAUCCAAAUAAAGUCAUAAUCAUCACAUCCUCAUUUUCAGUCUGAAUUUGCUCUGAACACAGCCUUGCAGAGAAGCAAAGAGUAUUUCCCAGCUCACAGUUUUCAGAUAUUUUACGCCAGUACCUUCUUUAAAUGGAAAAUACAGUAAAGUAAAUCAUACUUGUAUCACCCAUUACUAGCUGAUCAUAAAUUGUUAGUAUUUUAGGGCAUGCAGCUAUGUGGUUUGUAUCUGCAAGGCUGGCUUAAUAGAUGUGCUGAAAGUCACUGUGUGGAACCUGCAUAAGCUCUGAUACCCUUAUUGUAAUCAAGGCAGUGCUGUCUUUGUUUAUAGUUUAUCAGUUUAAGAGCACGGCACCUCCUUUUUCUUAACAAAAAAAGCUCUGCCGAGAAUACACAAUUCUGUUAAGUGGUAUAAAAAUGUGUGAACAUUGAAAUCCAACCUGUUUCAUAUUAUAACCAGCCUGCAAGAAGAUUGUGCUCAAUUGUGUGAAUACCAAAUCAGAGUAUACUGUAUAUUGUACCUUGGAAAUUUGUAUUUAAAGGCAACAAUGCUAAUAAUAGUUGGUAUAACAGGGGAAAGGGGUAUUCAAUAUUUAUUAAUAAGGAGAAAUGCAACAAACUUCCUUAUUUAUGCCUUAUGAAUAAAGGGGUAUGAAAUAUUAGGUGAAGUUUUAUGUGCACGACUCUGAACUUUAGAGUCUAAAGGAGUGGGGAUCCUCGAAGGCAGGGACUGUCUUUUCUAUGUUUGUUCUGUAAAGCUCUCAGCGCACUCUUGGUGCUUGAUCAAUGUUAUAUAAUACCAAUAACUAAGCACAUUUUUAGAUCUUUUUUCAAAUGGCUUGUGUAAAAUUUGGUUAACGUAUAAUGGUUGGUUUGAAGCUAUCAUGUAAAAUCUGCCUCUCCAAAUAUAAUCGAGAAUAAACUGGAAAUGAUGAAGUA